GAUAAACAAACUGCCUCACCUUGCGGGAGAAGAGGAAAAACAAAAGAAGGGGCCUGCGGCUGCGAUGGAGAAAACGACCUGGUCAAGCUUGGCGUGUGGUCGACCGCGUUCUUCCGUUCUUUCUGAUUUCUACAAAGACAAAAAAUCGACGACCCGACGAGGAGGACGAAGGAAGCGCAUGAAGCUAGAAGCAGCAGUCUAUCUGCUAAUUGCACUGCAAAGGUGGAAAGUGACCACGGACCGUCAAGGUAGCAAGGCUCCGUGGCGUGCUGAUUGAUUAUGCGUAAACGCAUCAAACAGGUCUCUCUGGUCAACCUCCCUUCCUCCUCUAGCGGUCUCCGUCUGUUAACGACCUUUACAUUUCCGAGUAUCAAAGUUGCCUCCAUCGAUCCAACGACAUUUACUUCCCACAUCGGGCUGGCUGGGUUUCUUCUCUGUCCUGCUUCUUUUCUUCCUUCAUCCAAGGGCGUAAGCUCCAUUUCUUUGCGGGUGGAUCAAAUAAAUAGCGUGGUAUUCUGAUUAUUAUGGGAUACAGAUUUACCAGCUGUUUCUCCUUCUGUACCUCCUCGGAACCCUUUUCUGUAGGUGCUCAACGCGGUUCGGAAAACGUUAAAGACGGACGCUUGUACUCGUACAAGGAGUUGAGUGCUGCCACUCAAGGCUUUCGUCCAUCCAACAAGAUUGGUCGAGGUGGCUUCGGCCCCGUCUUCAAGCAGGGAAGGCUGAAGGAUGGCACUAUUGUGGCUGUAAAGGUGCUGUCAGUUGAGGCUAAACAAGGGGAAAAAGAAUUUUUAAGUGAAAUAGCUGCUAUUUCCAACAUCAGACAUGACAAUCUUGUUGAGCUACUUGGCUGCUGCAUUGAUGGAAAGAACAGAAUGUUGGUCUAUGGUUAUGUGGAGAAUCGUAGCCUUUCUCAAACAUUAUUUGCAGAUUCUGAAUACGACCAGAACAAUUUCAGUUGGACAGUUCGGCGCAAUAUCUGUCUUGGUGUUGCUCGUGGCCUUGCAUUUCUUCAUGAGCUGGUUGAACCACACAUAGUGCAUCGGGAUAUUAAAGCCAGCAAUAUACUUCUUGACAGGAAUCUUAAUCCAAAAAUUUCUGAUUUCGGAUUUGCUAAGCUUUUCCCAGAUGACAUUACACACAUUAGCACCCGUGUUGCUGGAACACUGGGCUACCUAGCACCAGAGUAUGCACUACAUGGAAAGCUGACUAGGAAGGCAGAUACCUAUAGUUUUGGAGUGCUUCUUUUAGAAAUAGUUAGUGGAAAGUGCAUUACAACCACAGGUGUACUGCUUGGUGAGCAAAAUCUACUGGAAGCGGUUAGUUCCUCUGCAAGCUUCUGUGCAUGGGCCCUUUACAAAGCUGGUAGGCUUUUCGAACUAGUUGACCUAAAAUUGAAUGGGAAAAACUGUGAAGAGGCAAUGUGGUUUAUGAAGAUAGGGCUCCUCUGUGUGCAAAAGAUCCCAAGCUGGAGACCCAGAAUGUCUGCAGUUGUGAAUAUGAUUUUGAAUGAAAACGAUUCGGGAGAUGUCCAAAUAUCAGAACCCGGGUUUAUUGCUGAUGUUGAUGCCAUAAAAGUUGCCCGCGAGCAAUCAUCUCAAAGCCCUAGUCAGUUGCAAUCAUCAUUAUUUUCGUCCAAAAGCACUUUACAGUUUCAGGAAUCCUUGGCUAAAUGAGCUUUGGAAGUUGGACCAUACAUCACUUAUUGAUGGUUUAUCCUCAUGAAGUACAUGGUGCAUACAGCAGAUCAUGAAUUGGCUAAAUUUCAAGAUGUCUUGAAAUUACUGUUGAUCCAUCCAUUAUGUUGGUCAGAAUCAAUCUUUAAAAGGGCUUCCUAUUUCAGUUUUCACGAGUGAGCCUCCUUUGUUGAACGUAUGAACAGGGAAAUUCCUGCCAGCUUCUUUUAUGUUUGUUCCAUCUGUUAUUCGAUGAAUGCUUUGGGGAGAAGCGUGGGGCCCCUGAAGAUGGUCAAGAUUUGCAACAGCGGUCAUUGGCACUCGAAGGAUGAAGAGGAACGCUUGAACGUGCCGUUUCGGGUCUUACGUUUUCCAAGAAGCCAUGUUUAUGCAAGGCAUACGCAAGUCUGCUAGCUCUUGGCCAACUCAUGUUAGUGGGAACCUUGUUCGAUGGGAUCUACCCAAGCACUUUUUAUGACAUUUAGCUCGAAAAUGUGGAGAGAGAGAGAGAGAGAGAGAGAGAGUCAAGCCGAUACUGACGUCGGCAGAAACAACGACACCAGGAAAUGCAUGUCGGCACGCUCUGUGCUUUUUCAAGUUAUUAA